UAGAGCUAUAUAGGAUAUAUUACUGUUACACCCAGUACCAGGAAUCAGCUAAAUUUAGCUAUUUCAUUUAACCUAUUUUUCAAAAUUUAGAACAAUUAUUUAAAUGUCAUCUACAAUAGAGUAUGUGUGUCUUUUUAUUCAGCCUCUUCACACAGCUUCUGAAGAUUCAAAUUUUGAUACAGAUCCUUCUGAUUUUAUCGCAUUACAUAAUCAGGAUAUGGCUACUGAAGCAGUUGCUUUAAAGCCUCUGCCACCACUUAAAACUCAAAAAUCUCCUGUUUCAUACAAGGCACUGCAUAAUCAAGAUAUGGCUACUGAAGCAGUUGCUUCAAAGCCUCUGCCAUCACUUAAAUCUCAAAAACUUUCUGGUUUACAUAAGGUUCCAAGCGUACAACUACCUUUAUCUAUCCAACCAAUUGUUUCAAAUGUUACACGAACAGAUAUUCAGUCAAUUUCAAGUCCUCAUUAUUUCUCUGACACAAGUUUAUUGCGGAUGCACGAUAGUAUGCUAGAUGUUUGUAGCCGUCUUAAUGUUGAGCCAUUUAGUGCACAAGGACAGUUUCCUAUGAAUGCAUACAUUCUACGUGAAUUGACAUCAAUUCAGUCUAAGUUAAAUAAUCUGGAACAAAGACAGGGAAGAUUAGAGGCACGUGUUUGCAGUGUUCCUAUUGAUCAGAAUACCUCAAAUAUCCAAUUUCCUGUUUUUACCUCUCCGAUGCAAUAUUCUGAAGUUGCUAAGCACCCAAAGGAUAUGUUGUCAUGGAUGAAGCUUGAAGGAGGUAUGACUGUCAAUGACCAUAUUUCUCGCGUCUUAAAUAAAUUGCUGACGCAUGACUUGCAACGUAAUAUAAACAGGACCGGAAGUCAUGGCAAGCUUAAGUUUUUUGAUAACCUGGAAAAUCUGCUCAAAACGUCAACUAUUCAUUUUUUCCCCGGUACCACGACAAAAGAAAUUGAAUUAAAAGUGGCUCGAUUUUUUAACAACGCCAGAGAUCGCUCUGGUGGUCGAAUGCAGAGAAGUUUAAAAAAGACCGAUGUUUCAAUCGAGGAAGACAAAGAUGACGUUAGUAACGAGGGUAGUGAAGAGGGCAGUGAUAACGAGACACAACAAAAAAAACGAAAAACUUUUAAAUAAAUAUUAGUAUUGUGUUUUAAGUAAAUCUUUAUAUGGAUACUUUUAUUGUAAGUUUUAAUACCUAAAAUAAAUAAUAUGAAUAAAUAGCUAUAAAAAUUCAUAAAAA